UGCUGUGUCAUGCAAAGGUUAUCACAUACACCGCUACCUUUGAUAGCUAAAUGUACAUGUACUACAGGUCGUGCUAUAAAUGUACAGUUACACGGUGAUCAGUGAGGGGUUAGGUUGGGGAAAUCUACCGGUUCGUAGGUCUAAGGACACAGGAGUUGAUUGUUUCAGGGAAACCUCACACGACUACCAGUGAGAGAUGAAAAGGGAGCCGUUGUUGGAGAAGUUGAAAGACCGGAUGAGAGAGUGUACCAGGAAGACCGGCCUGGAGUAUGAGCGCGCCCCGGACGGCGGCUGGGGGUGGGUGGUGGUCUUCGCCGCGCUGUGCAAUCUGGGAUUCAUGUACGGCACCGUGCGGUCGCUAGGUGUGUUCUUCGUGCCCAUGAUGGAGACAUUCGACACGAACGCCGGCACGACGUCGUGGGUGGUGUCCACGCUCAUGGGAUGCUCGUUCGCGUGUGGUCCAGUGUCAGGGGCGCUGGUGAGAAAAUUCGGAAGUCGUCCUGUCGCCAUGACAGGAGGAGUGUUCGUGUGCGCGGGGUACCUCCUCAGCAGCUUCGCCACCACCAUCUACCACGUCUACGUCACCCUGGGACUGGUAGCAGGAGUGGGGACGUCGCUAACCCACGUGGCCUCCACCUCUAUCGUGGGCCGUUACUUUGACAGGCGGCGGGGGCUGGCCAACAGCCUGGCGCUGAUGGGGACCUGCGUGGGGUCCUUCGCACUGCCGCCACUCUUCCAGCUUCUCAUCGACGAGUACGGGAUGCGGGGCUCCUUCGUCAUCGUGGCUGGGCUGGAGCUCCACGUCUGCGCCUUCUCAUCCUUCUUCCGUCCCAUCCGCCUGAAGGCAGACGCCGUCAAACAGCACACCUGUGUCCAUGAAGAGGCGGACGCCCUCAAACUACGUGUCGAAGACGUCGACGGGCCCGAAAGUUCAGCGAAACGCACCCGUGCUCAUGGAGUACUAGGCGUGCCAGAAAAUCCGCUGAAACGUACCUUUGCUUAUGAAGAACUGGAGCCACAAAAUGCAGUAAAGGCGGACGUCGUCAAACGGCAUAACAGUGUACGUGAAGAUGGGAAGAGACCAGAACAUUCAGUGAAACCAAGAAGGUUACUGGUGAAACUACGUAACUCAGCUCAAGAAGAUGGACCGAAAAAUUCAGCGAAAUGCACCGUUGCUCAUGAAGAAAUAGACGUGCCAGUAGAAAAUCCACUGAGACGUUCCUUUGCUGCUCUUGAAGAGGACGAGGAAAAUCCCAGUGAAGCUGUCAUCACACACGCGGCCAACAGAACACUGUGCUGUUGCAACAUCAUCGACAAAUCCCUGUUCAGAGUGCCCUCCUACCUGGUUCACAUCGGGAGCAUGAUGCUGUUCACCUUCUCGUUCCCCACCUUAAUCUUCUUCAUCGUGCCGCGCGCGAGAUUUCUCGGGAUCGAGGAGUACAGCGCCGCGUUCCUUCUCUCGGCCAACGCCAUCUCAGACGUCAUCGGCAGACUGUCCAGCGGCCUACUCAUGAGUUACCGGCCCUCGCCCGUGAAAAGACUCUGGCUUGCCGUCAUACCUUUGGCGCUGUUAGGUCUGACGAGUUUGGUGUUCCCGCUGGCGACGAACUACACGUUAAUGCUGGCGCUGUGCGUGUUGUUUGGGAUGUUUUCCGGGCUCUUCGUGCCGACUAUCGUGACGCUGAUUCCGGAUUUUGUGGGGAUCGCGAAGCUGCCGCAGGCUCUCGGGACCUUACUGAUGUUCCAGGGAGUGAUGUCGCUCCUCGGGUCUCCCGCUGUAGGUUGGUUGUUCGACAUCACCGGGAACUACAACGUGUCCUUCCUCCUUUGCGGCUCAACAAUCGUAGCCUCCGCCCUGGUCCGGCUGGCCGCGCACUGCAUCAUGGGGGACAUGGGCCUCUGCAGAUCCACAGCAGACAGAACGGCCCAGCAGUCUGCAGUAAACACUGACGAAGCUGAGCAGAGAACUCUCCUGAAAACCGUGCCUCCUUUUAACGACGAACCAGUCUUCAUAGAAGUUGAAACUACUGUCUGACAUCUAAGUCGGCGCAAUAAUUUAAAGACUAGUUUACAAUAGGGAUCUGUAAGUUAAUUUUUUGUGGAGAUCUUCUUUGUAAAUAACUAUGAGAGCCAUCCAAAAAUUUUACGAUGAUAGUAUCUGUAU